CUCAAACUGCGAGCAAAAUAUAGCUGCGCCGUCUGCGCCUGACUUGUUGUGUUAUAUACAUGUAUAUACGACGAAGCGCACACGCGAUUUCAUGGCGUAAAACUCGUGUCUGUGUGCUCGCUCCGUAGGCAUAAUAUACUUAUUAUACUCGUGUUAUAAUGACGCCUGCUCGGCUCUGUGUUGUGCUUUUGUGAGAGGAGGCCGCAACACUGUCACGGACUGCAGUUUUCCAUAAUAUGCGUAGCUAACCACACGCAUGCACGCACGAAGAACACAAUAAACAAACGGAAAAGGCGACGAGUUCGAGAUCAGAGGAGGAACUAGUACUUCUGCUAUUCUUUUUUUUUCAUUCUUCGGUAUCUCUCUCUCGAGAGAAAGAGAGAUAAAAAAAAGUGUCGACGCUGCACGUACACAGACCAAUGCUUUUCGGAGCAUUCAGAGUUUCUGCUUUGACGUAGAUGCUGCUGCUGCUGCUGCUGCUGCUACAGUGUUUUGAAGUGUCGCUCUGCGAAACAACAGCGAGGAUGCAUCAACUCAGCUGAGAUCAACAAAAAUAAAAAAAAACAACAACAGCAACAACGUCGACGAUCGUCAUUUUUCCACAGCAGAGAGCAUGAGCAAAAUGAGCGGCUCGCGACUCGCCAGGGGCCGGGCCAGCCGCAUGGCGAUCCUGAUGGUCUCGGUGGUACUCAUCUGCUGCGGCUACUACGUGUACCGGCAGACGCGCGCCGAGAUGGAUAAACUGCGCGAGCUUCACACAAAGUGCAACCAACAACUGGAUACCCUCCAGGCCCAGCUUCAAGUGAUAUACGAGUACAAAGUGCAAUUGGAGAAAACGCUGUCGAACGAAAAAAGCGCCAACGCCGCGGUGAAGGAGGAGCUGCAGCUCAAGGCGUCGAGGGAGCGCUCGAUGCGCGACAAAGACAUGGUCGAGGCGCAGCAGCGUUACAAGUCUCUGCAGCAGCAGUACAAGAUCCUGCAGACCGGCCACAAGGAUCUUAAGGACGACUGCGAGAAGAAGGCCAAAGUCGCCUACGAGAACACCAACAUCUGCGAGACCAAGCUGGUCGAUCUGAGGAAGCUCUUGAAGAAGGAGAAGGACGAGAAGGACGACCUGUCCAAGUCGCUGGAUCAUCUGAAAAACAAGUGCAUGGACGAGGGUCAGAAGAAGGAGCAGCUCGAGGAACAGUACGAGAACUUGGUCAAGACGAAUCAAAACGAUAACGGCGAACUGGCGAGACUGCAAAAGCAAGUCAUACAGCUGACUCGAGAACUCGACAAGUAUAACAAGAAUAAUGUGGGUAAUCCAGAUAUAGAUAAUGGCCAAAUAUUGCCCAGGUACUCGAACUCGGACAUCAACGACGUAAAUCCAGCUAAUAAUCUGGUCGUCGAGGAAAAGUCCAACCCCGCGGCAAUCGACAAGGACCAGAUGCAGAUGAACAGGCCGUCGUCGUCGUCUUCUCAGCAUCAGGCUCAAGUCUCGGGGAUGAUGAAUAAUGCGGUGCCGGCGCCGUUGAAAAGUCCCACCGAGAGCUCAAGCAAAGCCACCACAGCGACAACGACGACUGCCAAAGUGAAGCUACCCGUAGGCGUGCCACCGAUACCAAGACUCAUCGAACAGCCCAAAGAAGAUAUCGAAAGGCGACCGGCGGGUAAAGCUGACUCAGAAGCACAAGUCGAUCCUGGCUUCGCCGAUCCCAAUCGGGAUCACGCCAAUGCGAAUAGAGACAUUCGAAAAGCUAUCCACCAAUUAGAAGCUAUGAAAAAACUUAGACACGAGGCCGUUGGACACGAUCCCGAGAACGGCUGGUACAGAGUUGUUAAAGUUGGUCAACAAGAAGUCGGUGAAAUGCGUCAAGAAAAGAGCGGUUUAGAGAAUGUCGCUGGCAACGAGGACGUGGAACAAUACGACGAUUACAAUUACAAAGAGACGCACAAUAAAAACGGUGACUUACAUUUGGAGGAAGGAGAAGACGAAAGAGAAGAUUUACUUUAGAUGAGGAUGACUACGUCCACCACAAUGUCAAUGACAUCAAACACGAAUAAAGUUACUUCCACGAAGAAACCUAGAUAAAAAUUUUGUACAGUGUUGACAAUUUUUCAAGAGCGAGCUCUAUAUUUUAUCUUGGAAUCCGUACUGAAAUAUGAACCUGAGAAAGUCUGUAGAGUGCAAAUAUGUUGUUAGCGGCAACGAUGGUUAAAAAACUGUAUUUUUAUAAAAAAAACUAAUAAAAGUUAUUGUAAACGUAACGUUAGGGUUUUUAAGGUACUUAACAUACUUAACAAUGUUCCAAAAUAUUUCAUAAGUCGUCUUGUGAAUAGUAUGUAGUUGUAUAUAAGUAUAAAUUACAGUUAAAUUGUAAAUUAAAAUUACUUAAUGACUAAGGUGCUACUUAUUACUGCCAUAAUUUUACUAACUUAUCGUUUAUAUUUUUAUAAUUUAAAAAAAACAAAAACAAUGUACUUAAUAUGUUAUUACAAGUUAUUUUAUAAGUUUAGUAUAGUUGUAACAUAUACUAUAACUAUAUUUUCUUUGCAAAAUUUUUGUGCGGGUAUAAAUGAAAAAUGUCAUUUCUGUUUACGGUUUUGUAACUAAAAAAAAAUUUUAUUCUAUAAAAACGUAUGAUGUUUUUCAGUUCUUCAAUUUCUUUUAGACGGUACGAUUACCUAAAAAAAUUAACUAUAAAAGAUGACUAUUGUUUUUUAAGCAGUUCAACUUUUAGUCAUUGUGAUGUAAGUUAAGCAUACUGACCAUUUCUUAAUUAUGAAAUAGAACGAAUUACUAUCAAUUAUAAAAAAUAAUUGAUGAUUUCUCUUUUAUGAAGUAGAUGUUAUUAGUUUAAGGAGAAAAUUUGUAUAAUGUUUGUUGAGGCAUUUUUGUAUGGUUAGAAAUAUUGAAGAUCAAAAUAUAUAUGUACAGACAUUUUUACA